UUUUUGUUUUUUUAAUUAUGUUAAUUUAGGAGAAGCAGAUGUUUCAAUAACCAAGCGAUCAAGUCGUGAAAGAAUAUGGAAAUACAUGAUGAAAAAUGAUUUGUUAAAUUAUCCAAAAAAAGUUUACAAUAAAAUACCAAAUUUCAAAGGUGCAGUUGAUGCUGUUGAACGUUUUUGUUCAUUAAAUGAAUUUAAAGAUGCUAAAUUAAUACAAAUAAGUUUGGAUAAACCACUUGAAUAUCUACAAAAAUCAUCAUUAAAAGCUGGAAAAGAAAUAAUAGUACCAAUUCCAAAAUUAAAUAAUGGUCUAUUUGUACGUGUACCACCACCAAUUGAUGAUGGUAAAAUUGAUGAACAUUUUCGUGCACCAACAAGACAACAACGUCUUCUUGAAGGACAAUCAAUUGUAAAAAUUGAUGAUAAAUUUAAUAUUGAUAUUGUUGUUGUUGGUUCAGUAUGUGUUGAUCGUGAUGGACGUAGAAUUGGUAAAGGUCUUGGUUUUGCUGAUCUUGAAUAUGCAAUGAUGCGAAAAAUUGGAUCAAUUAAACCAGAUACAACUGUCGUUACAAUUGUUCAUGAUUCACAAAUUGUUGAUAAAUUACCAGAUGAUUUAUUUAAAAAACAUGAUGUACAUGUUGAUAUUAUUGUUACACCAACUGAAACAAUUAUUGUCAAUAAUAAACUCAAAAAACCAGAUGGUAUUUAUUGGGAUAUUUUAACACAAAGAAGAAUUAAUGCUGUUCAACUUCUUCAGCAAAUGAAAGAGCUUGAUGAAAAAGAUGGAAAGGUUAUUGUUUUGAAAGAAGAAGAUCCAAAUGAUGCAUCAUCAAAAUUCAAUUCAGAAAGAAAAUUAGCUCAAAAAAAAGCUAGAGAAUUGAGAAAAAAUAAUCGUAAACAAAAAUCUGAGGGUAAUACAACUGAAGAUGAAAAUAAAGGAAAAGAAAAUAAUCGUGUACCAAGAAGACCACGUCAACAAAGACCACGUAAAAUUGAUAAUAAAAAUGAUAAUAAAACUGAUACAUCAGUUGAUAAUGAGAAACAUGAAAAAAGAACAACAACAAAAGCUCCAGUACGUAAACAUCGUUCAAAAUUACAUAUUAAUUUUACAAUUAAAUUAUCGAAAAUACGUCCAGAAGUUAGAAUUCGUGAUGUUAAAAAUGCGUUAAAUGAUCGUGGUAUUAAACCAAGUGAGCUAACAUGGCGUAGUCAACGUGGUAUUUGUUAUCUUCAUUUUGGUACAAUAGAUGGUUACCCAACAGAUGAGCCACUAUCAAUUCAUUCAAUUAUUAAUAGUCUUCAAAAAUUGAGUGUCGGUCCAACAGCUGGUGAAGAUCAUGAAAAUGAUUUUAUUGCUGUUGAUCUAGUACCUAAGCCAGUAACUAAAAUUGAAAAUGUCAAUGCAACUCCUGCUUAAAUCAACAUUUUUUUUUCUUUUUUCUUUUUUUAUUUUCUAUUGCAAUACUAAUUUUUUUUCGCUUCGAUAGUUUGUUUAUUAAUAAUAGUUUUUAAUGACUGACAAAUUUGCUUGAAGUUAGGUUUUUUUUUUCUUGUUCAAUUAACUACAUCACAAAU